AUGUCUUUUGUCCGAUCUGUUAUCCCUGAAUUUGAGGCCGCGAAUGAGAAAUAUGCAGCCCAGUUCAACAAAGGCGACCUACCUCUUCCACCCGGACGCAAGGUGGCAGUCGUAGCCUGUAUGGAUGCUCGCCUCGACCCGGCUAAAGUGCUUGGGCUCGAGGAGGGUGAUGCGCAUGUUAUUCGAAAUGCUGGCGGUCGUACCAUUGAUGCAAUUCGGUCCCUCGUCAUCUCGCAACAACUACUGGGCACCCGAGAGAUUGUUAUUGUUCACCAUACUGACUGCGGCAUGCUGACAUUUUCUGAUCUCGAGCUGAAGGAGAAGAUCCGGGAUGAGUUAAAAGAGGACGCAGAACAUAUUGCUUUCUUGCCAUUUGGGGACUUAAGAAAAAGUGUUCUGGAUGAUAUUGCCAUUGUGAAGAAGAACCCUCUGUUGCUCGACGUUCCUAUUACGGGAUUCAUCUAUGAUGUAAAGACUGGCAAGAUUGAGAAGGUAGAAUAG